UAUUUCCAUCCCCAAAUCGAAAGAACGACCCUAGAAAUCAAGCACAAACCCCCAAACCGCACCCAGCAACGACCACUCCACCUCGGCCGCCAUGGCAGACACCACAAACGACUCCGCCGCCUCCCAAGAGCCCCCGCCCCCAGCUUCAGACGCACCUCAGCCGACCCAGCAGCGGCGCUCCUCCAUCGGCAAGGUAGUAGACGCCAUCAAGAAACCGUUCCACCACGAGAAAGAGCCCACGCCGCCCGCGCUCCAGGAAGCGAUUCAGAAAAUGGAGCAGCGGAAGGAGCACACGGCGCAUCGCAUGGAGGAUGAGGGGAAGGACACGGCGUUGCUGAGUGGGAAGCGGAAGGACCUCGUGAAGCAGCUGACGUGAUGGAAUGGGGGACAGGGAGGGGGGAAUGGGUGGGAAGAAACGGAUGCACAAAUUGGAACGGGGAGGGUCGAGACUACUAAAUUGGUGCUCGGCGCGGAUGAGUUAAUUUGCUGCGGAAUGAGACAGGGUGUUGACAGACUGAUAUGUAGCCAUUCUAUUUUGGAGGGAUUCAUGCAUUUUUUACGGCCGAUAGUCUCGUAGCUACGAUGAUACUAGGCGCAGUGGAUGGCAAGUUGAACACAGUAUCCAAAUGCUAAGUGGGCUCGUAGGAUUGGUAAUACCGUCUGCUAUGACUAAAAAGCUCGAAUUG